UCUCACGGGCGUGGUGACCCGAUUCGAUCGGACUCAUGGCGGAGAGAAGAAGCUCCGCUCCGUCUCCGUGUGGGAUUUGUUCCCUUUGCAUCGACAGCGAGAGAGAGAUUGUUUGAGAGAGAGAGAGAGAGAGAGAGAGAGAGAGAGAGAGAGAGAGAGCCAUGUCCACAUCUGCGUGUGUGUUGCGGUGGAGCUCCCAAGCCCACUUGAGAAGAGCGGAGAAAGGGGGAGGAGCCUCCUCCGCCGCCGCCGCCGCCGCCGCUCACCGCCCCCAAAAACCCGCCCUUUUCUUCGCCGGAGAACCGCAAACGAGGCGCUUCCCCAAGAAGCUGCUGUUCCCAAGUCGCAACCGAUUCGACCAUUCACCACUGUUAUGCAGUGGCAGGAAUGCAGCUCGCAGAUUGAGGUCGGCGUUCCGUGUUCAGUAGCAUAUCAGUGUUAUUCAGAUCGGGAGACCAUUCCUCAAUGGAUGCCAUUUAUCUCGUCCGUUAAGAUUUUACAAGACAAGCCAGACCUAUCUCGCUGGUCUUUGAAGUACGAGGUGUUUGGUCGAAAUGUUGAGUUCUCUUGGCUUGCCAGAAACAUGCAGCCCAUUCCUAAUCAGAAAAUUCAUUGGCGAUCUCUAGAAGGACUUCCUAAUAGAGGUGCUGUCAGAUUUUUCCCGACAGGCCCAUCAUCGUGUAGAAUCCAAUUGACAGUCUCAUAUGAAAUCCCCGAAAUCUUGGCGCCGGUUGCAUCGGCAUUGAAACCCUUCCUCGAAGGACUGCUUACAAACGGCUUGGAGCGGUUUGCGACCUUUGCGAGGGACUAUGAAAGAAAGAUCCCGCAGCGGUAAGCUUCGACUUCGAGUGUUGUCUUCAUAAGGAUUAUGAUAUCUCGGCAAUCACAUUGUUUGUCUUGAUUCAACCAAGGUAAGGGAAAAAGAAACAAAAAGAAAAGGAGAGAAAACAAGCUCGUCCUGUAAAAGAAAAUGAGACAUUGUAAACUUUUCAAACAUUCUCAUUUGAUGUAUUAUAAGUUGUUCAUUCCUUAAAUGAUUGAUUAUAAUACGUUGCGAUAAUUAAUCAAGUUGUUUCCUACUCAGUAUUGAACAAUUCAUGUAAGAAGCAAACUCAAUGAAAUUGGUUUUAUGUUUUAGUC